AUGGGUGCCUAUCCGACACAAACUCGUUGGGGUGGAACUAUACUGAUCGCGAUAGUGCUUAUUUUCAUUAUCAUAGUGCGUUCAUCUUUCGCGGCCGAUUCGAUUUGUGAGCGAAUAGACUUCAACGAUAUAAAUUCGUGGAAAGUGCAACAGUGUUCGGCGCCAGUUCGCGAGAUCUUUCGCCUGAGGACGUACGCUUCGUCGCCGUUGUUUCGACCGUUUCGAGAGAGCGUUACCUAUUUCCUCUCGAACGAUGUGCGUGGUAUUAGCUGCACGGAAUCGAUAAACAGUUUCUACAUGAACUCUUUUACGGAGAUUCGAAUGAUUUAUCAGCUAAUGUUUAGAAGUCCUUGCUUACUAACGCUCAUGGUGUACGAUUUGGACAUGAAGAACCAGUACGGUGAGCCACUAUUGGCGCAGAAUUGGACAACACGGGCCCAAACAAAUACGUGGAGUUUAUUUGUGGGAAAGGUGGAACGAGAAAUAAGGCGAGCAAGAAUACAGCUCCAGGCAGAUAUGAGUGCAGAUGGAGAACUGGCAAUAGAGUAUAUAACAGUGUUUAAUCCUCUGGUGUUAGAAGAGUUCUGCAUGGUAUUAGAUGAGUUUUAUACGACUCCUGAACUAAGCACCAGACCUACCACGAGGACAACAUCGAUUCCGUAUACAACUACGAGGCGAACCCGAAGUACCACCACAUCCACUACCGAAACAACGACUACAACACCGGCGACUACUACUUUACCACCUACUACUACAACUACUACGACUCCUUCUGUCACUACUACUACUACUACCACUACUUUACCUACUACUACUAUUACUACUACUACAACCCCUUUUGUCACUACCACUACUACUACCACUACUUUACCACCUACUACCACAACUACUGCGACCUCUCCUACCACUGUUACUUCUCCACCUACUACUGCAGCAACUACGGCUCCCUCCACUACUACCAGCACUACAACUAGCAGUUCGAUUAUUACGACGGCUUCAACAACCACCACCACGACCCCUUCUACUACUACCACCACUACGACUCCUUCUACUACUACCACGAAUCCUUCUGCUACUUACACUACUUCGUCCUUUUCUACUACUACCCCAACUACUGCCUCUUCCACUACUACCAGCACUACGACCCCAUCAACUUCUAUCACUCCUACUCCUUCGAUUACUGCCAUUAUUACCUCUUCGACUAUUAUUACUACCACCACUAUUCCUUCCAGUACUGGAACAGCGUCUACUAAUUUAAUAACCUCUACUUCUACUAUAACUCCUUCCACUACGAGCCCAAUUCGUACAACUACCACCAUACCCAUCACAGCAACCUCGUCUAACGUCGUUACCGAACCGAUGACAACAAUUACUACUUCAAGUGCGUCUCCCACUAGCUUCCCAACUACUAAUUCUACUAUGACAAGUACAGCUGCUAUCGUUACCUCAACAACACCGAUUACAUUUUUGACAACAACCCCCACAGCGCCGAGCACUACUAACACAUACAUGACGCCCUCGAUUAUAAAUACAACGCUAUUGAAUACCCCAUCGCCUGAACCGUCUUAUACCAGCACUACUGUAAUGGACACCACGACGAGAAGACGACGUACCAGUACGACUACAGUGCAAGCAACGUCCACCUCUACUACUGUCACAAACUAUUCCGAUUUAACGGAUACGUUGCCAACAACCACUGUUCCUGAGGUAUCAACCACAACUACCACUACUACCGUAUCAACUACACCGAAAACAACGACACCAACAACAUCCAUAAUACAAACAUCAACAACAAACCCAACCACUAGCUCCAUUACCAGCACGACAUCCACCGUUCUUCCUACUACUUCCUUCACAUCUACCAGUGCUGCAAGCCUUUCGACUACAACGUCAUCAUACUCCACGCCUAUCAGUGCCAUUACCUCCACGACGUCCGCACUAUUCACGACCAGGAUAUCUACCCCGCCAACACCGUGGAAUAUGUCCACCACGACAGAAACUAAUUCAACCAACAUUACGGACAAUUCUACGACAGACCCAUCAACAUUGCCGAUAGUGAACAUGCCCAAUGCAACGAUUGCACUAUGGAUAGCACUAAGUGGCGUGUUUAUUGUUCUGUUCAUCCUUGCAUCGGCCGUCGCCCUAUACAUCUACGUAUCGGGGGUUGAAAUUCACAACGCCCUCUGCAGCAUGGGGCAGUUUUUCAACUGCCGCAAACGCGACCGAUCAGAAUCCAUUGAGGACCCUCCUUACGACACGCAUCAGUCGAACAAUUUUGAUCCGUUCGACGCGUUAUACGGGCAUCAAUUACAGCAACAGCUCAAGAACAGACUGCGGUCAAAACACCACAGUAUCAGCAGCAUUAGCAACAACAGCAGUAAAGCUAUCCGUCAAAAGUAUCCCAAAUUUAGCGUGGACCCUUACCAGCGUGGAUCAAUGGCGGGCACUGUAAAUGCAGCAUCGCUCGACCAACCACGCUUCGACCUGAUGGACGAUAUCGAUGUCAUCAAGUACAAAAACAGACUAAAUAAACUAUAA